AUGGCGGCAUCUUGCCAGUACGAGCCAACGCCCUGCAACCUCCAGCACGCCCAUCAGCGUUUGCGGGAGGUGCGACUUCAAAUCGAAUCUCAAACAGCUGCGAUUGAACUGGCGGUCUCGACCCUCUCCUCGCUUUUGCCUGGCAUCGGCGACAAGAUACAUGACCCUGGGAAGAGGCUGGUGCCCGACCUACCGAACGCUGAGCCUCAGGCCCGUGAUGGAUGUCCGCACCUUCUUUACUGGCCCUGGCCUUUCUUGUACGAGUGCCUGCAUGUGCAGGAGCUGCUCAAUUUGCUUCAAACGUCUCAGCAGAUGCGCCACCUCAAGAAGGCUGUGGUGAAGCAUCUGGUCGACAGCGCCCUGUUUGACCAGUCUUGGACCGUGGUCGCCUGGUUUCACUGGAUGAACGCCGGAGCGCACAGCAGAUACAGCGGGAUGAGAGCUCCGGACCUGAAGGUGCGAGACAGUUUCACCUGGUGCUUGGUGGAGAUGGGCCGCGGUCUCCGGUCCCGAUACCUCUGCGAGGGUGAUGCCGUUUGCAUUGCCAAGCUACUUCUCGCCCACUGCAACGACGCAGACCCUGACAUCUACAUGCACACGCACCUGGCUCUUCUUGAAUGCUCCGUUUCCUUCCCAGCGGUUCGAUGCCUGGUCGGCGAGGCCAUGGUCAACUUGAUGGCAUCGGAAUCGGGGCCCAACAGCGACAAGUUUCGCAAGUACUUCGCGUGCGAUCUGAUUCGACAGUCUUACCGCGCUUUGGGGCGGAUGCAGCUGGAGCGCUUGAUCAAGAUAGUGUUCAGUCUCUUCUUUAACGAGACGGAUGUGGAGCUGCAGGUUCAUCUCGCGUCCUUACUUGGGAUUCUGCUCGCUUGCACCAAUCGUCCGAGAAUCACAUUUCGUCAAGAAGUGGACAGGCUUAGUGCCAUGAUGUCACACGAAUCGAAGAAGCUGUGUCGGCUUGCGCAAGACUUGAACUUUCUGUGUUGCUGA